AAGAGAAAGCGAAAAUUUGAAAUACGAAACCCUAAACUCAUCCAUCCGCAUAAACUUUUUUCGGUUUCUCCUUUUACGCUUUCUUCACCAACUUGAUUAAGGUUUUGGUCUUCAUUGGUUUUGGAUUUUACGACUCCGAGUUGGAUAGAACAAUGUUGAAGUUCCUGUCGAGAGUGAAAAUCGAGUUCAACGUGCUGGAUCCGCGAACGGCGUCGUGUAUGGAGUUUCUGGCGCAAUGCAACUCGCGUAAGGCGAAGGAAUCGAACCCGGCGUGCGAAGUGGAGGUAAAGCGCGGCAAGGUAGAGUGCGCGCCGCAGAUAACAGUGACAUUCGUGAACGGCGUGGAGGAAGUUUUCGACGCGACGGCGACACCGGCACAGAACAUAAGAAACUUGAUUCUGGAAAAAGGUCGGCAGCUCGAGACGGAGCAGAUGUUUCGUGAAGCCGGAGAAUCCUGGCCCGUUAUCAUCCCCGACGAGGAGCUUUCUCAAAUUGCACCCCCCACCAAACCAAGGAAAGCAGAAGACAAGAAGCAAUAGCUAAAAAUUCUUGAGCUUAUUAACUGCUGGGGAUUUUUCUGGUUUUUCUUGUUUACUUUUGGUAGGCGGAGAAAAGGCAUCCGAUUGCUGCUGCUGUGCAUGCCUUACUUUAUUUCAGCAUUUAGUUAUUGACUACAUGACUGCAUACUUUUUCCAUAAUAAUGUAUGCCCUUCAAUUGGUGAA